CCAUUUAAAUUUAAUUUAGUGUAUCAAACUCUAAAUCGGCAUAAGCAAAUAACUAUUUAGGGAAUAAAGUAAGCGAGUGAUGUCUACAUCUAGCAACAUAUCUCAAUCAGCUUAUUCCCCUUCCGAACCAGAAACACCUCAAGGAACAGUUCAAAAUCGAGUCCCAAAUUUUGAUCAUUCUUUCAAUCAUGUUGAUCUGGGUCACAGUAUAGAACAAUCAAUGAAAAAUGCCCAAAAAGAGAUGCACCACAAAAGAAUACAAUCUUUGAGAAAGGAGUUAGAUUAUUUAAAAUCCACUGAAUGGGAGUUUGAGUAUGAUAAAGGUUUUGUGCAGUAAAUAAUAUACCUGAUUCAGUAUGUUUUCAUUCGUAAAAUCAUUAUUUUCUAACUUUUUAUAUAAUGAAAAGGAUGAUGGUGGUGAAGAUUAUAAUAAGGAAGACUUUUUAGCUGAUCAACUUGUUGAGUUAGAAGCUCUUAGCUUUGAUGAGCAAAAAUAUGACAACAAUGAUUUUGAGAAGUCUGACAUACCAAGAGAUGCUAAAUGCUUUGAACGCACAGGAAUUAUAACAUACAUGAGUGAUAAUGAUUACAUCCUGAUUGAUGGCAUGCUGCAUUUUGAUAUCUCCACUUGUUCUGUAAAUGUAAAAAUCAAUGAUAAAGUUUUAUACCUUGCCUACUGUGAUCCAAAUGAUAGAAUCGUAGUAGUGAGAAUAUUAGAGAACCAAGGUAUAAGUUGGGGGGAAGAGGAAUUUGUUGAGGAAAACAAUUUUGAUGUUAUACAGCAUGUCAUUGUCGGUGAAGUUGAACAGAGGCAGGAACGUUUUGUUUAUAUAAAGGAUAGUGAUCUCAAGUUUAGCCUUGAUAAUGUUAUUUCCACUUUAGUGCCUAUCAAAGGAGAUUGGUUAGAGUUAAAUUGCAAAGUUCAAUGGGAUGAAAAUAAACCACAUGAUAUAUCCUCUGCACAGGUUUUAGAAGUCCUCUCUAUUCAAGCAUUAAGAAGUAAAUCUAAAAAUGCUGUUAUCACUGAAUGGUUAGGAGAUCAUGGAAUUGUUGACAGACACAUCUAUUUCAACAGAGAGUGUUUAGAAAACAACAUUGAACCACAAGUAGGGGCAAAGGUUAUUGUUGAUAUAAUUGAAAGUAAUCAGGGAUCAUACACCUGGAGAGCUACUAAAUUGGCAAUAACAGAUUCUGCCACUGCUGUAGAUACACAAUCAAGUAAAUUAGAUGAAGUAGAACAGAGUCUAAUUAUGGAAAAAGAAAGGAACAUUGAUAUAUCAUUUCCUUUAAAAUUUGAUAAUAUUGAUAUUCAGAAAACUGCUCAAAUGAAAUUAGUGGUAACUAAUAAUAGUAAUGAAAUCCAAAUUAUAAAUAAAUGGAUAAUGCUUAGCAGAAAAAGAGAUUCACAAGUGAACAUAGAACCUCUUUUAACACGUCCUAGAAGACUUAAUCCUAAAGCAUCUUUUAUAUUCACUGUCUCAUGUCACCCGAAAUUUUUAGGUAAUGCUAAAGAAUGCCUGAUAAUAAUGUUCAAAGGAUUCCAAGCUAAAAGAUUUAUAGAAAUGAAAAUUAUUAGUGACAGUUUUUCUUUGGGAACUAUUAGAAAUGAAAAUAAUUUUGUCAAAGCAGAACAUGAAAAAAUUGACUUGCUUAAAAAAAUUAGAAGAAAUGAUAACCAUGCAUUUGUACCAGGAGUAAAACCAUGCAAGCCACCAGCAUUUAUUCCAGUAAGAAUUGGCAAUUUCCCAGUGCCACAAAAGAUCUGGUCUGCUAUUUUAGGUAAUUCAGAACAAGCAUUAUGGAGUUCAGAAUAUGAUAAAAUAAUAAAUAGAAUUGAAGAUGCUCUACCCUGCUUAACACAGGAAUUGCAUAUAAAUAAUUAUAUUGACAAAUGGCAUACUCUGCUAUAUAUGGAAGAAGUACAAACCAAUAUUAAUAUGAGGAAAUAUGAUAUGAGUAAAGUAUUCCUCAUACGUUGUCAAGAAUAUCUUGGUAUUGAAAUAAAAGACUUGGCUGAGCAAAGACCGUCUUUAAUUAAAGGAGACAGAGUUGUUGUGAAAGAUGAAUGGAAUACUAAUACUCCUCUGUAUGAAGGUUUUAUUCAUUUAAUCAAAGGAGAUCUAGUUCUAAUGAAGUUUGAUCAGAGGUUUCAUGAAACAUACAUGGGAAGUGAUGUUUCAAUUGAAUUCCAUAACAGUCGUUCAGUAUAUAGAAGGUCUCACCAAGCCAUUAAUUUGUCUUUGUCAAAUCUUGGAACAAAUGUUUUAUUUCCAUGUCGUGUAACCCCACGGCCCAGUCAAAUACCUGCCGAAAAAAUGGAUCAAAUACAAUGGUUUAAUAAUUCAUUAAACAAAGGUCAAAAAGCAGCUGUCCUGAAUAUUUUAGCUGGUGAAUGUAGACCCUUACCUUACUGUAUAUUUGGACCACCAGGUACUGGCAAGACAGUUACUGUUAUUGAAACUAUAUUACAAAUACUAACAUCAAUGCCUGAUAGUAGGAUUUUAGUAGCAACACCAUCUAAUAGUGCAGCCAAUUUAGUCACAGAAAGAUUAUUAAAAUAUCAACAUCUAAUUUAUAAUUCUAUAAUUAGACUUAUAGCUCACUAUUUGGUUGAUUCUGAAAACAUUCCGGAAAUAAUAAAACCUUUUUGUGCCACUCUGGACUUAUCCACAGAAGAUACAAGUAAAUCACGGCAUGUUGUUAGAGAUGGAAUUAAUUUACAAUGCCAAAAAACAUUUAUAGGCCGACAUCGUGUUACAAUUGGAACUUGCCACUGUCUAGGAACCCUGGCUCAGAUGGGUCUCCCUAAAGGGCAUUUCACACAUGUAAUAGUGGAUGAAGCAGGUCAAGCAACAGAACCAGAAAUCAUGAUACCAAUGACAUUUAUAGAUAAAGAAAAUGGACAGAUAAUUCUUGCUGGGGAUCCAAUGCAAUUAGGACCAGUAAUUAUGUCCAAGUAUUGCACUGAAUUUGGAAUGAAUGAAUCCUAUUUAUCCAGAAUACUGAAGACAUUUCCUUAUCAAAGAGACUUUAGUGCGUUCGAAAAUGGAUACGAUAAAAGAGUAAUUACAAAAUUGACUGACAAUUACAGGUCAUUAGCUGAAGUUCUAACCUUACCGAGUCAAAUGUUUUAUGAUGCUUCGCUUGUAGCCAAAAUAGAUAGAACUCAACCAUGGAUAUCAAAUUUAAUAGAACUUUUUGGGAAUAUGUUUGAUAAGAGUGACACAAAAACUGGUGGUAUUUACGUCUAUGGUAUAAGAGGUUGUAACACAAGAUCACAGGAUAGUCCAUCUUGGUACAAUCCGCAAGAAGCAUCUAUGGUGGCUUUGACAACUUGUAAAUUGUACAAGAAUAAAGUUAACCCUGAUGAUAUAGGUGUUAUUACUCCCUAUAUUGCUCAGAUUAAGUAUUUGAAGCUAGUCUUUGAGGCCAUGGGCUUACCUCAACCGAAGAUUGGAACUGUGGAAGACUUCCAAGGGCAAGAAAGACCUAUUAUACUAAUAUCUACAGUCAGAUCCACUGAGGCAUAUUUAUUGGAAGAUCAACGACACACUUUAGGCUUUGUAAAAAACCCUAAAAGGUUAAAUGUCGCUCUCACUAGAGCUCAAGUUAUAGCCAUUUUAUUUUGUGACCCCCAUUUAUUGUGUAAAGAUAUAUUGUGGAACAAAAUCAUAACCCAGUCAGUGAAUGAUGAUAAAUAUAUGGGUUGCGAUUUACCUUAUCAUUUGCAGUAAUUCCUAUUAAAAUUAUAUGUUAUGAA